CACAAAUUUUAGGGCAAAAAUUGUAUUUUCUAAACUUUUUUGCACCAACCGUCCAUCUUUGAUUCACUGUCGGUACACAAGGCCAUUAUAGUCACUUCGGUACACCAAUCAGAAUUCAACACACAGAAAUCUAGCAAAAACUGAACUAAACUUACUUUCGAUUCACCAGUUCAUCAAUGUUCUCUCCUUUUCUCUUCUACCUUAACCAGAUCUUGGAAGUCAAAACCACUUAAGAACUCACAAGAACUUGCUAAAAUAAUGAAAUUAGCCUUACCUGAUACAGGGCCAGAAGAUGAUUCAAGAAAAUUUCAAUCUUCUCUUUAAUGGAAAAUCUUAAAUUUGCCUUUUUCUUCACUCUGGUUUGGCUCAUCAUUUCUCUCCUUCCUACGUCACUCUCCAUAGGGAUUAAGGUACAACAGGAUAAAGAUGAGCCCUAUGUGGGUGUGAACAUAGGCACUGAUGUGUCUAAUUUGCUUUCACCUGCAGAUUUGAUAGCUUUUUUGCAGUUACAAAAGAUAACCCAUGUUAGAUUGUACGAUGCUGAUGCUGGGAUUCUUAAAGCACUUGCAAAAACUAAGAUUAGGGUCAUUGUUAGUGUGCCCAAUAACCAGCUUCUUGCCAUUGGGUCGUCCAAUGUCACCGCCGCCACAUGGAUUGGCCGCAACGUGGCGGCAUACUACCCAGAAACGCUCAUCACCGCCGUGGCAGUGGGUGAUGAGGUGUUGACCACUGUUCCAAGUUCAGUUCCGAUGCUUAUGCCAGCAAUUGAGUCACUUUACAGUGCUCUUGUGGCUGCAAAUUUGCAUAACCAAAUCAAGAUUUCAACUCCAAAUGCUGCUUCAAUUGUUCUUGACCCUUUCCCACCCUCCCAAGCUUUUUUUAAUCAAAGUUUGAGCUCUGUCAUUUCACAACUAUUGCAAUUUUGUUCUAGGACCCAGUCGCCCUUGAUGAUGAAUUUAUAUCCUUACUAUGUGUUUAUGGAGAAUAAGGGUGUUGUGCCUUUGGAUAAUUCUUUGUUUAAGCCCUUGACACCCUCGAAAGAAAUGGUUGAUCCUAAUACUUUGCUGCACUAUACUAAUGUUCUUGAUGCUAUGAUUGAUUCAGUGUAUUUUUCUAUGAAGAAUCUUAAUGUCACUGAUGUGGUAGUUCUUGUUACUGAAACGGGGUGGCCUUCAAAAGGGGAUUCGAAGGAACCUUAUGCUACAAUUGACAAUGCAGACACAUACAAUUCAAAUUUGAUUAAGCACAUCUUUGAUCGUAGUGGAACGCCAUUGCAUCCGGAAAUUACUUCUAAUGUGUACAUAUAUGAGUUGUUUAAUGAGGAUUUGAGGUCUUCACCUGUGUCUGAGGCGAACUGGGGACUAUUUUAUGGGAAUUCGACGGCUGUUUACUUGCUUCAUGUGUCGGGGAGUGGUACAUUUUUGGCUAACGACACAACGAAUCAAACAUAUUGCAUAGCCAUGGAUGGCAUUGAUACAAAAACAUUGCAGGCUGCUUUGGAUUGGGCUUGUGGACCAGGGAGGGCAAAUUGCUCGGAGAUUCAGCCAGGGGAGAGUUGUUAUCAGCCUAAUAACGUGAAGAACCAUGCAUCUUAUGCCUUCGAUAGUUAUUACCAGAAGGAAGGGAAUUCUCCUGGUUCUUGUGAUUUCAAGGGUGCAGCCAUGAUCACCACUACUGAUCCAAGUCAUGGCGGUUGUGUAUUUCCUGGAAGUAAGAAGCCUAGCAAUAACAGGACGAGCCAGGUAGUGAACUCAACAGAAGUAAGUAGCGCAGGCACAAUGAGAUUGAUCGGCUUCCAUGGCACUGGACUGAGCGUAUUCAGCACGGGUUUAUACUUGCUCUCUGGUAGCUCUUUUUGGUUGUUUUGUUAUUCAUUCGUUCCAUGAUUAAAUGUAAAGGUACGAAUAAAUAUUGAAGCUUUUGUUUCGGCUGAAUUCUUUCCCUCUGUCACUGUGUUUCUUUAUAUUUUUGGGGGGACACGAUUCA